UCAGAGUCAGGUUUCACAUGUGACAUUUCCACAGAGUGAAAUGCAGCUUCGUGUCGUGGGUUCGAUCCCGGUUCUGUGGUCUGCACCGUUCUCCGCUGCCGUCCUGCCAACACACUGCACCUAGCCGUUAGCUCGCUAGUUAGCACGCAGGCUAGUUAGCCCACAGCAGCCAUGCAAGCGUGUCGGAGGCUACAUGCUAACGUGCGGUGGUGGACCGCCCGUGGACUGCUCUCCUCCGGCCCGGGGACAGAGCACCACCACCCGGGGCUGAGGGGGGGCAACGUGCCUCGUCAGAGCCUGAGCACCGGAGCUUCUCUGCGGAAAGACUUCUACAAAGACCUGGAGGAGCAGCUGGCGGCCGUGAGGAAGAAGGCUGCAGAGGCUCUUCCAGGCAGCAGCUGGACCCCCUUCGAGCUGAACCCCAACCUCCCCCCCGAGAGGGCCGACAUCGUGAUCGUGGGCGGCGGUGUGGUGGGCUGGUCCAUCGCCUACUGGCUGAAGCAGAAGGAGCGGGUCCGGGGAGAGGUGAAGGUGGUGGUGGUGGAGAAGGACCCGACGUACUCCCAGGCCUCCACAGUGCUCUCUGCUGGGGGGAUCCGGCAGCAGUUCUCCCUGCCGGAGAACAUCCACCUGUCCCUGGCCUCCGCAGACUUCAUGAGGAACGUCAAUGAGCACCUGGGCGUGAUGAACGAAGACCCCGUGGACCUGCAGUUCAAUCACUCCGGGUACCUCUUCCUGGCCAGUGAGAAGGUGGCUCACAUCAUGGAGCAGAACUACAGCACCCAGAGGUAUGCCGGAGCCAAAGUUUCACUUCUCUCUCCCACACAACUAAAGGAGAAGUUUCCAUGGAUAAACUCAGACGGGGUGGCACUCGCUUCAUAUGGGCUGGAGAACGAGGGCUGGUUCGACCCCUGGACUCUGCUGAGCGCCUUCAGGAAGAAGGCCAUCUCCAUGGGAGUCAUCCAGUGCUGUGGAGAAGUGACAGAUUUUAAAUAUACAGUAAACGUGGCGACGACUCCCGAGGGUGAAAACGUGGCUUUGAAGAGAAUAAAAUCAGUGAAAGUGCAGAUGCCGAACAGCCUGGAGUACCAGCCGGUGGAAUGUGCCAUUGUGGUGAAUGCGGCAGGAGCCUAUUCUUCUAAACUGGCACAGAUGAUGGGAAUUGGCUCCGGCCCUAAAGGCACCAUGGCUGGAACUCCUCUGCCCGUCGAGCCUCGGAAAAGGUUCGUGUAUGUGUUCCACUGCCCUGACGGUCCAGGUCUGGACACCCCCUUCCUGGUGGAUUACUCUGGAGUCUACUUCAGGAGAGAGGGGCUCGGAGGGAACUACAUCGCCGGUGCGUCACCAGAUGAGGCAGAGGAGCCUGAUAUCAAUAAUCUAGACGUGGAUCACAGUUUCUUUGAGGACACGAUUUGGCCGCCGUUGGCUCAUCGGGUUCCUGCUUUUGAGAAGCUCAAGGUGACCAGCGCGUGGGCCGGCUUCUACGACUACAACACCUUCGACCAGAACGGCAUCAUCGGUAUCCACCCUCUGGUCAACAACAUGUACUUCGCCACGGGCUUCAGCGGCCACGGCCUGCAGCACUCGCCGGCCGUGGGUCGGGCCGUGGCCGAGCUGAUCCUGGACGGAGGUUUUAAAACGAUAGACCUGAGUGGAUUCAACUUCAGCCGGAUCGUGAACCAGGAGCCGAUGCUGGAAAGGAACAUCGUGUAGAGGAUGUGGGAAAAUCCUGUUCGCUCUGCGGCUGGCGACAAAUGAUCACAGCCUUGGUUUUAUUUUCAUAGCUGUGAGAUUUUCCUGUCAGUAAUGAUAACUUUGCUCAAAAUUAAUCACUGAAGUCUGGGUUUAUCGUUCUCAGCUGAUCAAUACUGUUCCGGAAACUGUCCAAUAGCAACUGCUUUUAGUGUUCUAGUGUUCAGAUUCACAUUCAUCUCAUUUUAAUUGCUUGUUUAACCUGACUUGUGGCUCAGUGUUCACAGAUCUCAGCCAUGACUUCAAAUUGCAGGAUGUUUUGUUAUCGAUUGUCUUUCCAAGAACGACAUGAUGACUAUAAUGUUCCUAUAAUCAAUCAUGUUACAUUUGAGACUAGAGGCCUUUUUCUUUUUAAGUUCUUCGGUCGUCCUCUUGGGGGUAACAAACUUUCCAGCUUGAAUGAUAUAUGUGUAUGUGAUAUAUAUAUAUGUAUAUUGUAUCUCUAUAUAAUACAAUCGUGUACAAAAGCUUCACAAUACUCAGUUUUUGUUAAACCUCAUUAAUGUACAGUAAAUUUAUAUUAUAUUCCAAGGUAUUUUUGUUACAUUCAGGUACAUUGUAUAGUGUACAUACUGUAUACAGUCAAAUCAUAUUUUACCAAUUGGUAAUAGAUUGUUUAUUAGGGUUUAUUUGUUUUCAUCCCAUCUUGACAUUUCAGUGUAAAAAUUGGCCUCAUUUCUGAAUAUAUUCCACGAUCACUGACUUACUUUUCCAUAUCCAGUCAAAAUCAUUGGAAUAUUUUACUGAUUUGAAUUUAUUUUAUUUCAUUUUGGGUCUGAAUAAUUGGAUUCUGAUCCUUUGAGAUUCAGGCUUGAUGGAUGAUCCUCUGUGGCCUAAAUGUUCAGUUUUGAAAAGGUUUAGAAUUAAAUCGAAUAAUGUGUUUUGAAUAGUGGAUGCUUCAAUUUGCUAUUUCAUUUUAUCUGUGAAAACAAAAGCUUUAAAUCACCCAGAUUUAAGGAAGCUAAAAUAAGAUGUGACUAUUUUAUUUUUCUACAUGUGGUUGGGUCGUCAACUUGACAAUGUUAAA